UCCAGCUACAGCUUGACCCAGGUCCUAGUCCCACCCUUUGCUCUCCUGCUUUUCAAUAAGUCCCUAGGCUCCUCCAGAAGGUGGGCGUGGGAGUCGCCCGGGCUCUGGCGCACAGAGGUCCUCCCUGUGCGGUUCAGGGGGCCCCAGGCGGUAGCCACGUUUGGAGUCUGGCUGGAGGCCAGGGGAGGGAGCUGGGCCGCAGCGGCGACUUUCAGUUUCAUUUCCACGGACUCUCCUGCCUGGGCCGCAGCAGCCGCCGCGAUGCCCAGUAAGUUCAGCUGCCGGCAGCUCCGGGAGACGGGCCAAUCCUUCGAGAGUUUCCUGGUCGUUCGGGGACUGGACCUGGAGACGGAUCGCGAGCGGCUGCGAACCGUUUACAACCGCGACUUCAAGAUCAGCUUUGGGACCCCCGCCCCUGGCUUCUCCUCCAUGCUGUAUGGAAUGAAGAUUGCAAAUCUGGCCUACGUCACCAAGACUCGGGUCAGGUUCUUCAAACUCGACCGCUGGGUCGAUGUGCAGGUCCCAGAAAAAAGGAGAAUGAAGCCGGGGUCAGAUAUCAGCAAAUGCCACAAGUCGCUGCUAGCCAAGAUCUUCUAUGACAGGGCUGAGUAUCUUCACGGGAAGCAUGGGGUAGAUGUGGAAGUCCAGGGACCCCAUGAAGCCCGAGACGGGCAGCUCCUCAUCCGCCUGGAUUUGAAUCGCAAGGAAGUGCUGACUCUGAGGCUUCGGAAUGGAGGCAGUAAACCUGUCACCCUCACUCACCUUUUCCCGCUCUGCCGGACACCCCAGUUUGUCUUCUACAUGGGAGACCAGGAGCUGCCCUGCCCCCUGGGCCCUGGUGAAUGCUAUGAACUCCACAUCCACUGUAAGACCAACUUUGUGGGCUACUUCCCAGCCACGGUGCUCUGGGAGCUGCUGGGGCCCGGCGAGUCAGGUUCGGAAGGAGCUGGUACUUUCUACAUAGCCCGCUUCUUGGCUGCUGUGGCCCACAGCCCCCUGGCUGCACAACUCAAGCCCUCGGCUCCCUUCCAGCGGACCCGGAUUACUGGAAAUCCUGUGCUGACCAACCGGAUAGAGGAAGGAGAGAGACCUGACCGGGCUAAGGGCUACGAGCUGGAGCUGAGCUUGGCCCUGGGGACGUACUACCCACCACCUCGCCUCAGGCAGCUGCUCCCCAUCCUUCUUCAGGGAACCAGCGUCUUCACUGCCCCAAAGGAAGUCGCUGAGAUCAAGGCACAGCUGGAGUCAGCCUUGAAGUGGAGGAACUAUGAGGUGAAGCUGCGGCUGCUGCUGCACCUGGAGGAGCUGCAGAUGGAGCAUGACAUCCGCCACUAUGACCUGGACUCGGUGCCCAUGACCUGGGAUCCUGUGGAUAAGAACCCCAGGCUGCUCACGCUGGAGGUUCCAGGCGUGGCUGAGAGCCGUCCUUCAGUGCUGCGAGGUGACCACCUGUUCGCUCUCUUGUCCUCCGAGACCCAGCAGCAGGACCCCAUCACCUACAAGGGCUUUGUGCACAAGGUGGAGCUGGACCGGGUCAAGCUGAGUUUUCCUGUAAGCCUGCUGAGCCGCUUUGUGGAUGGGCUGACCUUCAAGGUGAACUUCACUUUCAACCGCCAGCCCCUACGGGUCCAGCACCGUGCCCUGGAGCUGACAGGGCGCUGGCUGCUGUGGCCCAUGCUCUUCCCUGUGGCCUCCCGGGGCAUCCCGCUGUUGCCCCCGGAUGUGAAGCUCAAGCUGUAUGACCGGAGUCUGGAGUCCAACCCCGAGCAGCUACAGGCCAUGAAGCACAUUGUGAGGGGCAUUGCCCGGCCAGCCCCCUACAUCAUCUUUGGACCUCCAGGCACUGGCAAGACUGUGACCUUAGUGGAGGCCAUAAAGCAGGUGGCGAAGCACCUGCCGGAAGCCCACAUCCUGGCCUGUGCUCCGUCCAACUCAGGGGCUGACCUCCUCUGUCAGCGGCUCCGGGCCCACCUGCCCAGCUCCGUCUACCGCCUCCUGGCCCCAAGCAGAGACAUCUGCAUGGUGCCCGAGGACAUCAAGCCCUGCUGUAACUGGGAUGCCAAGAAGGGAGAGUAUGUGUUUCCUGCCAAGAAGAAGCUACAGGAAUACCGGGUUUUAAUUACUACGCUCAUCACGGCCAGCAGGCUGGUCUCGGCCCAGUUUCCCAUCGGUCACUUCACACACAUCUUCAUCGAUGAGGCUGGCCACUGCAUGGAGCCUGAAAGUCUGGUGGCCAUAGCAGGGCUGAUGGAAGUCAAGGAAACAGGCAAUCCAGGAGGGCAGCUGGUGCUGGCAGGAGACCCCCGUCAGCUGGGGCCCGUGCUGCGGUCCCCACUGGCCCAGAAGCAUGGGCUGGGGUACUCCCUGCUAGAACGCCUACUCACCUACAACAACCUGUACAAGAAGGGUCCUGAGGGCUAUGACCCCCAGUUCAUAACCAAACUGCUGCGCAACUACAGGUCCCACCCCACCAUCCUGGACAUCCCUAACCGGCUGUAUUAUGAUGGGGAGCUGCAGGCCUGCGCAGACGUGGUGGACCGAGAGCGCUUUUGCCGCUGGGAGGGUCUCCCUCGGCAGGGCUUUCCUAUCAUCUUUCAUGGCAUCAUGGGCAAGGAUGAGCGUGAAGGCAACAGCCCAUCCUUCUUCAAUCCUGAAGAGGCCGCCACAGUGACUUCCUAUCUGAAACUGCUGCUGGCCCCCUCUUCCAAGAAGGGUAAAGCCCGCCUAAGCCCCCGCAGUGUGGGCGUCAUCUCCCCAUACCGGAAGCAGGUGGAAAAGAUCCGGUACUGCAUCACUAAACUGGACAGGGAGCUUCGGGGACUGGAUGACAUCAAGGACUUAAAGGUGGGCUCCGUGGAAGAAUUCCAAGGUCAGGAACGCAGUGUCAUCCUCAUCUCCACCGUGCGCAGCAGCCAGAGCUUCGUGCAGCUGGAUCUGGACUUUAAUCUGGGUUUUCUCAAGAACCCCAAGAGAUUCAACGUAGCUGUGACCCGGGCCAAAGCCUUGCUCAUCAUAGUGGGCAACCCCCUUCUCCUGGGCCAUGACCCCGACUGGAAAGCAUUCCUGGAGUUCUGUAAAGAAAACGGGGGGUACACUGGGUGCCCCUUUCCUGCCAAACUGGACCUGCAGCAAGGACAGAACUUACUCCAAGGUCUGAGCAAGCUCAGCCCCUCUACCUCAGGGCCUCAUGUUCACGACUGUCUCCCCCAGGAGCGGGAGAGCGAAGGGGGCCUAUCCCUGCAAGUCGAGCCAGAGUGGAGGAAUGAGCUCUGAGAACACAGCAGCCUGCCUUCUCACACCAGCCAAGCCUUAACCUCCUGCCCGGCCCCGAACUGAGAACCCUGCCUGAACCAGAACCCAGCCAAGCUGCCCCUCCAAGGGACAGGCAGGCCAGGGGUGUGGGGGUGGCAGUUUACAAGCCAAGCCCUCUCACCCCCUCCCCUGCUGGGGGAGAAUGACACAGCAAGCUGCUAUUGGUUGGGGAGGGGGGAAGCAGGAGAGGGAGAAAAACUCUGAUAACAAGAUUUUGUUCUAUGCAAAA